UUAUUGCCAUUUUGUUCUCAAGAAGAAGAUCGAUCCUCAAAGAGUGUUAAUUCUCGUUCAUUGCGUCCUAUAAAAGAAACAAGUACAUGGACAUAUGUACAGGUAUUCGUAUUAUGUUUAAUGAUAAAUUGUACUUACUUUUAAACCCACAUUUCCCAAUAUAUCCAAACUAUAAUUUUUUUUAUUCCUUUUUAAAAUCUCAAAUUUCUAUGGGUCAUUUUUAUACAUGCAAAUCUGAAACUUACAAAGGGGAAGUUGGAAAGCAUUUAUGAUCGUUCAGGCUUAACUAGCGUAAUUUGAAGUAAAUAUAUAAUCAAAUUUAAUGAUUAGAUUUGUUGCAUUUAUUCCCAACCACCAGAACUUAAAAAUACAUAAUUAAAUGUUUUGCUCCCUUCCCCUUCCGUUUUGAAAUUGAAAAAAAACAUUUUUGGAAUCCUGUUUGAGCCUUCAAUAAUCAAGGCUGCUUCAAAUAGGAUAAUUUGAUUUCCAGAACAAGCCGCCUUACUUCAGGGCACUCUCUUGGGGGAUGAGGAAAUUUGUAGUGAGGGUAGAAAUUCUUUUUUUUUUAAAUCUUAAAGUUGCGAAGCGUGAUACAUGUAAAUUAUUAAAGGAAAAAUUGAAAUAAAGUGAUCAAACAAUAAAAUUGUGUCACUUCAAUGCACCCAUACAUUUUUUGUCCCAUGACCGCACGUCAGAUUUAUUUAUAAGCAAAUCGAUUCGGACGCCAAACAGCGUGGUGCAGUUAAACCAGGAUAUACUUGUUUGUCUUUGUGUAAGAAUAUGACAAAUAUCGAAGGUUAGAAAUAAGUUAAGAAAUACUAGUAAGCAACAAACACAAAUAAUGGAAGAUAGUUCUGUCUGUGAUGACGAAAUUCAAAAAUCGAGCGAUUUCAUGCCUGAAUCUGACGAGGAAGAUAAUGGUGAAGAAAAGGCAGAUUGUUUUGUUCCUGAAUUCGAGUCGGUUCAUCAAACAACCAAUGAAAGUCAGAAGGAUAUUAAUCUUUGGGACAAUUGCAAUGAAAACGAAAGGGAGACGUUAAAGCAACCAGUUCAAGAAGGAAACUCACCUUAUAAUAUCUCCAGAUCCAGAAGUGAUGGAAUAUGGUACUUUGAGCCAAUAUACUUUGUGAAGCCUUCAUCUGUGGAUGCAAUACUCCCAGUUAUGAUUUGUCGAGAAAAGCAAAUGACAGUCAUGUUGUUGAGAUUUCAUCUUGACGAAAGUCUUGUUGUUGAAAUUAGUUUCUAUCUGCUUUUCUCAGAAGGACUGUAUCUUCCAAUCCAAAUCGCAACCAUGCGGAUAAACUUACAAGAGUACUUCAUACAGAGCGGGAUGGCUGAAACAAACGGAUUGGAACUGCAAUAUGAUGAAAACUCUAAGGCUAUGUUCAAACAAAAGCAGGACUUAUCACAUCAAGCUGAAUAUAAAUUCACAUGUGCAACAGAAAAUGCAAAUCUACCAAAUUUGCGUCCAACUAUUCAAAGUAUUGGAAAAAGGAAAGCCUUAUCGAAAGAUGAUGAAAAUCUUAAAGGUUUAUGCUCGAAGCUUUCAUUGAGUGAUGUACCUAUGGUACCUCCAAAGUUGCAUAUUGAAUCACAAAUUCAGUGGUCAAUGGGUAAAGAUGUACCCACAAAGUUAUAUUCAACGAGUUUGAAAAGCUUAACACUAUUCAAUAAUCACCUUCUACCGAUGUCCAAUAGACAACUGAGUGUAGUUGUGUGUAUGGUAUUGUCACCAUGUUCAUCUUCGAACCAUUCUCCCCAAGACUCCCAAACCAGUGAUUCCCACGAAGAAGAAAAAGUUGAAAAACCACCUGAAUUGACGGAUUUCUCAAAUAUACCUUUUGGUAAUAACUUUCAGGGAAAUUUAGAAGAUGCUGACAAGUAUCGAUCAAUAGUGUUGGAUGAGCAUACACAUGAUUUUGCAUUUUGUCCAAGAUAUGAAAUUUCCAGCGACUCGUCUUUUGCACAUCCAAAUGUGGAAGAAGAAUGCGAGGAAAAAGUGGAAGCUUUCCCUCGAUUAAAAAGACAAUUAACUCUGUUUCAUCAACUUGAAAGUAACGGAGGUCAUGCCUCAACUGAUAGGAAUAAUGAAGACAGCCAUAUUCCAGCAUCUGCAACUGCUUCUUUAGAAUUUCCGAAAAUUCUGGUGGAAAAUAAGACUGAAAUGGAAGAAAGGAAAACGAACAUCAACGUUAUUGAGAAAUGUUCUGUUGAAGUUUUCUCGUUAGAUACAGAAAAAAGCUCCGAUAGUGAGGAAGUUUUUAUUAACGAAAAAAGUGUCGGUGAACAAAUUACCGAAAACACUGGCGCCAAGGAAACAAAUUCCUCCAGGUGCGGAAGAAUCUUUCCAUGCGCUGAAGACCUUUGUUUGGAUGGGAUGCAUACAGAUAACAUGAAAUUAAAGAAAAUUCUGAAUCCCUCAGAACAUGAGACUACUGUAGAAAAAGUUCCAAACAAAAUCCUCUUUGAUUUAAACCGGGCAAUAAGGAUUCCAUUUCUCAAAAGUCCCAUUGCAAAUAAAAGGCUGGUCACAUCAAAGAAUUUUCUGCGUUCGUUAAAUCAGUCGAACACCAGCAUGUCUCAGCAAACGUCAUAUUCCUCUGAACGGCAUAGAAAGUUCUCCCGAUCUAGAAAUACUUGCCAUACAGCCAAAAAGAGCAUGAAGAUGAAAAAUGCAAGACAGUACAGUAAGAGAAGUAAAUGUAAGCACCCACAGUCAGAAGAAAAACCAUCAGAUGUUAAUGACUUCAUAAAACUGAGUUGGAAAAGACAAUGGGUCGGACAUGAGAACAACAGUGAAUUACAUCAAGCCAUUGAAAUUUCUCAGAAAAAUGAUUUGGCUUUAUCGAACAAUUCUGUCGAAAAUUGCGAUGAACAAGAUGGCGAAUGUGUUCCACAAGACAUAAAACGAUGUUCUGCGCCUUUUGAAUUGGGACAAAGGGAUAGUGCUUAUGGCACACAGUCAAAAAGGACUUCAGAUGGAAUGAAUGGAUACUUUAAGUCUUCAAAUACAACUUUCGAAUUUCCAUUGACUGAACAGAAAACAAGCAAUGUUUUGGGUAUUUUUGAAGACGAAAAUGAUAUUGAAUGUAGUCAAGUUGCUUUCGAGUCCUGGCAAAGGGAUAGUGCUUACGGUACUCAAUCGAAAAGGUUGUCAGAUGGAAUGAAUGAAUAUCUUGAAUCUCACUUUAUAUCACAGAUUAACAAUCACGGAUUGACAUUGAUGAAACAAACUUGCAAUGCUAGUAAAACUGCUGUUAGGUGUACAGAAGAACCUGAUAUACAAAGUACACCUUUUUCUCCCCAAAAAAGACCAGUAGAACAUUUCCAGAGUAGAGUUGAGAGAGACAAUGCAACAAAUGUCUUGCAGAUUGACCCCCUUUUUGCAAAAAAACUUGCUACAUCUGGUUUUCCAUUAGAAGCCCUGUCCCUGAAAUUUAAUUCAGAACAUCAUAAAACACAAAAAGGUUCGAAACAGUCUGAGAAGAAAGACCCUUCUAAGAGGUUUGUAAUUGAACUUGAAAUGAAGGCCAAAUUAACCACAUUGGAUGACGAGUUUAAAGACUUGCACUACAGCUCAUCUGGCGGAACUUCCGAAAGGACUCAUACUGGUAACCGACCCACAACGCAUAUAAUUACAGUAGACCCAGAUUGUUAUGAGAAACUUGCCGAAGCCCGAUCUACCCUUGACUUACAGGGACUACUGCAACCCCCAUAUACACGAUCAGUUAUCACAGCAGACUCUUCAUAUCUAAUGGAAUUUUUAACUUGCCUGAAAAAUGACAAUCUUGAAAACCACUGUGGAUUAGUCUUUAAAAACGAGAAUAUUCAACAAGUCGUCAAGAGAAAUGCAAAAUUUAAAGUUGACCAGGAGUACAAAAUUCUGCGAAAACUUGGUGCUGGUGGACAUGGGACCGCUUAUUUAUGUACCUGCUUAUGUAAUAACAGGAAUAUUGGAAAACCUUUUGUUGUGAAAAAGAUUCAAAGAAAUCGUUUUCAUGAAGAAGAAAUCACUAUACCCUUUUAUCAUGGUGAGGAACAUUCCCGGAUGUUAGACGUGUACGGAAUAGUGUUAGAGGGUGAUGAAGUCUCAGUCCUGAUGCAAUAUGCAGAAGGUGGUACUUUAAAAGAAUGCAGAACUUCACCAGAAAGAAAUAUCCAGCAUGUAAUUGCAGCUCUGUACAGAGUCUUGCAGAACGUGCUUGAGGUCCAUCGCCUUGGAAUUGCUCAUUUUGACAUUAAAGAGGACAACAUCGUCUUCACGUUGAGGGGAGAACCCACCUCGGCUAGAUUGAUAGACUGGGGAUCCUCCAAAGUCAUCCAUCAGACCAAUCAAAAAUACAGCAAUGGUACCAAGCGGUUUUAUCCACCGGAAAUGCUACAAGACUGGAAUGAAUGUGAACUUGACCUAGAGAAGCAUGAUGUUUGGACAGUGGCCUGUGCUUUUCUUUCAAACAUCAAUGGUUCCUUUGUGUUUGAUGACCUGUGGAAAAGAUGUGAGGAUCGGCAGCCAAUGUAUAAACAGGGCUUGUUAAGCACGCAUGUUGUCUAUGAAGAGCUCCUGAAAGGGAAACUUCCACCAGGUGAUCUGCUCCUUCAGCUGACAGAUCUGUUCAUGUGGAUGUUGGAUCCGGAUGUGACGACACGUGCUAGUGUUUCUGACGCUUUAAGUCAUCCAGUAUUCCACUGCUGUAUAUACGAAGCGACUGCCAUGAAUGGACUAUGUGAGGAAAGCAGUGGUUCCUCGGACACCAAUUGCAGACCAUUGGUCCGCCUUCUCGUCCACUAUGAUAAGAGUCCGAUCUACAUUAAUCGUCUUCCAAGAGGUUAUCCAGUCAAACAACUAGUCAGAGAUGCUAGAUUCAGAGAAAAGAUUGAGUCACGUGUUCCACAGGUAGAGAGACGUCAUGGCUACUGCCUCCUGAGAAACAAGAAAAAUGUUUUCUCUAUAGAUAGCGACUGUUUCCUGGAACUCAGACCAGUAUGAAUAAAAAAAACAUGAGUCAUGUCCUUUUCUGAGGCAAUCAAUUGUCCACUGGCUGUGUUCAAGAGAUUUCAAUCAAUACUGACGAAGAGAAAGUUUUUAAUGUUUUCAUUUGUUGAAAUAUAUGUAAAUUCAUUUGAUAAAUGUCAAUAUAUUGUUAUAUUUAUUUAUUGUAGUUUAUGGAAAAUACGACGUCAAGUUUUGUAGUUUUAUUUUGAAUUUGAUGAGACGCAAUUUAAAAAGUCUUGCUUUUUAUAAUGAAUUUUGAAUUUGCUUAGAAAAGGAAAUAACUAAGUUAUCUAGAUUGAUGCUUUGAUUUUUUUCUGAGUGUGUGUGUGUGUUGAUCUGUUUAUUGGUGAGAUAUUUUUUUCCUGAAAAGGAAAUUUUAAAACAAAAUGAAUCUAGAUCUGCGCUUUGAUUUUAUCCAGUGUGUAUGUGUGUCAAUCUGUUACAUAUGAUAAAAUAAGCAUGCUCUGUGUAUUUUAUAAUUGUAUAAUAAUGAAUCAAAAUAGUAUGUAAGCAAAAUUAUUGGUGUGAAAUAUUUUUAUUUUGACUAGUAAAAGGAAAUUUCAAAUCAAAAUGAAUCUCAAUCUGCGCAUUGAUUUAUUUUUCGAGUGUGUGUAUUUCAUAAUAUGUUACUUAGUACAAAAUAAGCAUGCUCUGUGUAUUACAUAUAAUUGUACAAUUGUAUAAUGCAUGUAAAAUAUACUGUAAUUAUGCAGAUUAUAUCAAGUUCUUGGUGCUUUUUGAU